AUUUUUUCAGGCAUGAUGGCGCCAAAUGACACUAUCUCAUAUUAUUUAGAUAUGUACAUUCGUGGGCCUUCUCGCAAGUAAAAGUUCCAACCCCAGCUAUGUAGCUGCAAAGCUGCAGAAGACGGGGGUUCUUUUAAAGCUUAAAAAUCAUAAUGUCACAUCGAUCCAAACGUCAGGUCAAUCGCAGUGAUGAUUGUCCAGUGCCUACCAAGAGGCGCAAGGGGCGUCCGCCGGCGGUGGAGGAGGAGGAGGCGUCCUCCAUGGACCCUGGCUGGACUCCUAAGCCCAACAACGACCUCAAGAUAUCCAGCAUCUACAACCGCAGUGCCACCGAGGCUCCAGCCGAGCUGUUCAGAAAAGAUCUGAUCAGUGCCAUGAAGCUGCCAGACUCGGAGCCACUGGGGGCUGAUGAAUACUGGACCAUCUCGGACCAGUGGAAGCAGGAGUGGGAGCGUGGCGUGCAGGUUCCCGUCAACCCAGACUCUCUACCUGGCCCUUCCGUCACCGUAAUCAGCCAGCAUCACCGAGGGUUCAACGACUUCCGUCUGCCUAAAAACAAGUACAUCCGCAUCACAAAAGAUGAAAGCUUCAGAUUCGACGAACACCAUCUCUCCAACAUGCCAGCAAAAGCCGAGAAAGCUUGUUCUUACGAUCUUGACGAAUGUGAUAUUGCGUGGCUUCGGAUAUUGAACGGAGAGCGGGCCUCAAUGGGUCUUCAGCCAAUCCGAGAAGAUCAGUUGGAGAGGGUGGUUGAAGAGUUGGAGAUCAGAUGUUGGGACAAAGUCCAAACCAUCGUCAAGCAGGAAGAGGGCCUUGGCAUUGAGUUUGAUGAAAACGUCAUCUGUGAUGUCUGUCGUUCUCCGGACUCUGAGGAAGGCAACGAGAUGGUAUUCUGCGACUGUUGCAACAUCUGCGUACACCAGGCCUGCUACGGCAUCACUGCUAUCCCCGCGGGCUCGUGGCACUGUAGGACGUGCGCGCUGGGACUGCGGCCCGAGUGUGUGUUGUGUCCCAACAAGGGAGGAGCCAUGAAGUGUACCCGGUCUGGCCACAAGUGGGCUCACGUGUCUUGCGCACUGUGGAUCCCAGAGGUCAGCAUCGGAUGUGUCGAGCGGAUGGAACCCAUCACCAAAAUCUCCAGUAUACCGCAAAGUCGGUGGGCCCUGAUUUGUGUGCUGUGUCGGGAACGUGUCGGAGCUUGUAUACAGUGUUCAGUCAAGACCUGCAAGACAGCCUACCAUGUGACCUGCGCCUUCAAACACGGCCUCGAGAUGAGAGCGAUCAUUGAGGACGAGAAUGCUGACGACGGCGUCAAGUUAAGAUCUUACUGUCAAAAACACAGUGUCAGUAGUAGUAAAAAGGACAAAAGUGGUUCAGCCUCUGAAGACGAAGAGUGUAAGAAGAAAAAGAGGAAAGACAUGACAUCUGAAGAAAAGAAUCAAGCAAGAGCUGCAAAGCUGCAAGAGAUCGAAGCUGAGUUCCAGAAGCACGUGAACGUGACGGAUGUGACACAUGCUCGCGACGAGGUAGAUCAGGAGGGGGUGGUCGCAAUCUACAACUACUGGGUGUUGAAGCGACGCGCCGGCUACAACAAGCCACUGUUGGCACCUCGCUCCGAGGACGUAGACCUUCUCACUAAACAGCAGGAGCAAGCGGAUGUGGAGAAGAUGAGAAUGUUCGUACAGCUGCGACAGGAUUUGGAGAGGGUUCGCAACCUGUGCUACAUGGUUAGCAGACGAGAAAAGUUGUCCCGCUCUUUCUUCCGGCUCCGAGAACAGACAUUCCACAAGCAAGUGUCAGUCCUUACGGAGCCAAGUUACACUCUCAGCAGCACAGAGUUGACAGCUGUAAAAGAAGCUAACCACGGGCCUUCCAUAUAUGACAGGAUGUAUUCCCAUGCUAACGCUCCAGAACUGAGCACCGACUUUGACACCGUCCUGGCAAGAAUCGCUGGUAUCGCUUCCCCUACACCUGAAGACAAAGGAAAACUCGACUUAAAUGGGUUAGUCAAAUUGAGUAAGUCAGAUAAUCCUUAUAAGAAAAUGUACUUUAACGGAGGCGUUGUACGUCGCAGAAGUAUGUAUGGAAGCAUGUCCAGUGGAAGUGAAACCGACAGCAAGUUGAGGCUACAUAGAAUGGAUAUAGACAGCGCGGUCUCAAGUGGUGAUGACAGAAAAUCGAAGGUGAACAUUGCAACGACCUCAAAGAAAAACUCAUUAAUGAACAAAGAAAAGAAAUUGAGUAAGAAAAGAGCUGUGUCUCGUGCGGCUGUUGACUCUUCCACUGAAGACGAAGUGAGCACCAAAUCCAAACCAUCAAAAGCUAAAUGGGAAUCGCCUAGGAGCAAAUCUCUAAGGCAGAUGGAAAAAGAACUUACGGAUAAGUCCGGACCGAGCGAUGAUAGUGAUGAAAUAAUGACUGUUAAAACUAGUAGCAAGAAAGAUUCCCAAAAAAUCAGUGGAAUUUAUUCUGAUAGCGAUUCUGAACCCUCCGCUCUUGAUGAAGACACAGCUCCCAGUGACUCACAACAACUUACGAUGCGAACAAAGGCUGCAAUGAAAGAGUUUUGUGCUGGUGGUCAGCAGAGUAAGAAUAAACGAACUAAAAAAACAAGUUUGAGAUUACAGAGGAAUGAGAAGGAUGACGUCAAAGAUGAGAGUUCUGCAGAUGAAUACCAAAGAGAGAAAGAAAAUAUCAAAGUAUCCAAGAAAAAGAGUUCUACUGAAUCUACACCUACUGAGUUGAUUGUCCCACAAAGACAAGCUGCCAAAAAGGCAACUGAAAGUAUGCGUGGUAACCAAGUAAAAACUAAGCCUGAUGUUGCUGCCCCAGACCAAGAUUCUCCACCUAAAGAUGUGUCUCCUAGUGAGGAAUCUAAAUUAAAAACUAAUAAAAAUAAAAACAAAGACAAUAAAGAUCUGAAAAAUAUUAAAGAUGCUAAACUAAACAAUGAUGUGUAUGAAUUUGAUAAAGAAACUGGUGAUACUAUUGAUAUUCUCGCUUAUGUCCCUCAACGCCAAGCAGCUAAAAAAGCAGCUGAACACAUGAAAAGUGGAAGAAUACCAGGUUCACAGAAACAACCUUCAACACCAGAUCCAGAUAUAGAAAACAAAGGGAAAGCACCAGACUCCUUAAAGAAUAAGAAAGAAACAGACACUAUCAAAACCAAAAAAGAUGUUGAAAAUGAUAGAACUCAAAAACAAUCAGUAAAAUCUCCUGAGAAGAAAGGAAGACGAACAUCCAAAUCUUCCGUAUCAACAUCGUCUUCCUCAGGAAGCUCUUCGUCUGAUUCUUGUACAACAACAUCAAGUUCUGAUAGUGAGGAUACAGAUUUAAGUCCAAAAAAGACAAAUGAUAAGAAAAGCUUAUUUGAGCCACCUGUCCAGGUUAAAAUUCACAGACAAGAUAGUCAAGAUAAAAAAUCUAAAUCUCCAGAAAAGAAGAUUCAACCCAAAAAACCGGAUACGCCCUUUCUUGACAAGGGACAGCAAUCCGCUGAAAGCAGUUCUUCAACCCCUUCUAGUUCAGAAUCAGACAAUGACUCACCCACAAGGAGGACAUUGUCACCCUCUCCAAAGAAAUCUGCUGAUACUGUCUUGCAAAGAAAGGCCUCUGAGGUUAAACCCCAAGAACAACAAAGAAACAAAGAUGAUUCCUCUACAAAGUUGGCUGCCUCAAAGAAACUCAGGAAAACGCCCGAUAAGAAGCUUAAAACUUCCGACGGGCGGCCUGAGCUUCAAUUUCAGCAGCCGCCUAUUGAAAGAGAGGAAUCAACCCGAUCCAAAAGUAAACCUACAUCACAAGAUAGGAAGACUAGAUCAAGUUCAAGUGAUAGACUCAGACAACUUGAAGCCAAACAUGGAGAUACUUCUUUCAAAACCCAUACCACAGUUACCAGUCUUAAAAGUCGAAGCAGGUCGAAUACACCCCAAGGUGAUGAAAAAUCUUCAGUGGAAAGGACUUCUCGGUCGCCACAGAAAAAAGAACAGUCCAAGCGAGAUAGAAGGGAGAGAAAAUCAAGUGACAUCACAGAGCAUAGUCCGGAAAAGAAAUCAGAAGAGUCUCGUGAUGAAAUCAGCAGGAAAGAGAAAAACAAGUCCCAACACAUUACAACUGAGGGCCAGAAAAUUAAUAAGAAGGUAAGCUUACGAAAUGAACACAAUCCAAGCGCUGCUAAAAAACUUGAUUUGGCUGAUCAACAAAGUAAAAAGAAUUCAGAAACAUCUGAAAAGCUCACAACGAAAACAAAAGACAAUCUUUUUGUCAAAAGAGAUAAUGACAGAUUGGGGACUCAUAAUGAUAAAAAGUAUGCGGAAGAAAAAGCACAUUUGAAUAUUUCUCAAGUAACACAGUCCUACCAUAGUGAUAAAUUUGAAAAGACCGGUCAACAGAGAUCACUUACGAGAUCUCAAAAACAAAAUGAAGAUAUUUCCAAAGAUACUAAUGAAGAUAGCUCUGAUGAAUCUGAUGGAUCUUCAAGUUCAGAAGAAAUUUGCAUCGAUGAAGUAGAAACAAAGACAUCAGAUAAUAUAGCAACCAUUACAAAACUUACUGAUGCAGAAGCGAGUAACAACAACAUUAGAAAUCUCAAUAAAGAAAGGCACACUAUUGAUGAGAUCAAUGAUGAACACAUCCAAAAUAUUAAAUCCAAUACUCCAUUUAUUAAAGUCAGCCAAGAUAAAGAUAGUGCUAACAUUUACUCUGUGGAUGAUUGUAUAGGUCAAGCAGAUAUUGUCCUAAGUGAUAUUAAUUUAAAACAUCUAAGACCAGGCGAAAAAGAAGCGUAUGAUGGAGAACUACUUAAUAGGCAUCAAUUUAAAAGAGAUAACCAUGAUGCACAUGAGUCCCAAUUUACAAAAGGGGGUUCUACUUUUGAGAAUGAUUCGACAUCAAGACACCACAUUGUAUCCAAUCUUGGAAAAGAUAAAAGUAAUGACAUUCAUUCAGGUGACUUCCAAGUUGCAGAUUCAGAAGCAGAACCAAAGAAGAUAAGCUCAAGAAAUUCAUCUCUAUCAGCUCCAUCUUACCAACAUCGCUCAAUAUUUUCACCUCAACAACAACCAAAAGAUGCUGCUGUAGCUGAUCUAUUUGAUUUUGGAAAUGACAUGCUAGCAGUAGAUGAAACCGUCAAUGAUGAUGGUUUUGGUUUGCCGCGAAAUUCUGAUGAAAUUCUACGUGCUCAACCUUUGACCUUUUCUUUUUCAAAUGACAUUUUAUUCAAAGAAGAUUCAAAAGAAGACAGUGCCCGUGAAACUCUCAAUCUUGUAGAAAAAUUAAGAUUAGAGUAUGCCAAGAAAACAACCACCCAAUCUGAUUUGUCUGAGCCAAUGACCCCUGGAUCUGAGUUUGCUUCUGCACAACAUGAAAUUCCUGAAGAUUCUAAGCAAGACUUGAAUUUAGAGCCAAUACCUCCUGAAACACCCAACCCUGUAGAAGCAGUUGAAAAUGCAGACCCACCCAAAACUGAAAUUGAGUGUUCAGUAAACGUAAUAGAACCAAUAGUCGAGCAUCAGCCGAACAUUGAUAUGGUAUCUAUGGACCAAAAUAUGAUUCAACCCAUUCAUGACAAAAAACAUGAAAUCCCUCCACCUUAUCAUCAGGCAGAUCCAUACUCAUACCAAUCAUGUGCAAUGCCAAUUGAUGUUGACAAAGUUCCUGGACGAGACAAAGUAGAUCGAAGCAACAGUGCACAAGCAGAUGAGAGGUGGGUCCCUCCCAGUAAUAUUCCAUCCCACCAUUAUGAGCCCAUACCAUCUCCUUAUACUGAUGUCCAUGGAAGAAAUAAAUGGGCAGAAAGUGAAAUUCUUCCUUCUAGACGCUCUUCUUCAUCCUCAGCUUCCUCCACAUCGUCUUCUUCCCAUCGAGAUGAUGUGGAUCCAGGGAAAAGAGAAGAACCAUCCUACCAUGAUAUACCUCCUCCGACUCCAAGUAUACCUAAUAUGUUGCCUGAAUUGGUGCAAUACCCAACUCUACAUACCAUGGCAUACGGUCCUUGUGCACUCCCAGACGGUCAGCCAUAUCAUCCAUACUCAGAGGCAUCACAGUUUGUUGGUCCCGUGGGAUUAUUCCCUCCGCAAAUGCCUUUCCCAGCUACAAACUUAUAUCCUUUUGCUGGAGCUUAUCCUGGGGCGCAUGGAAUGCUGCCCAAAGUGGAUGAUACAUUGCAUAUACCUCCAGCGCCUUGUGCUGCAGCAUUUACAUCCUCAUCACAUAACAUGGCCCUAACUGCAGCAAUGGUAUCACCCAACCCACCUUUAACUCCGAUGACGCCUUCCAACAUUCAUGAACCUCCAACACCUAUGACUCCAGCACCAUUUCCUGAACAAUGCCGGCAAGUUCAACCAACUGAAGAAUCUCCAGUUCAGAAUAUUGAUUCUUAUAACCAUAUUCCAUCUGAAACUCAAGUCGAACAAGCACCACCUCCAUCUCUUCCACCUCCACCACCUCCCCCUAAACCGGCCCCUGGUAAAAAGUCUCCUGCAAAACCAACUAGGUCUUCUGCAAGGGUUAUUCAGCAACAGAAAUCACCAGCAAAAUCACCCGGAAUAUCACCGAGACAGUUAGAACCUCCCAAAACCCCUUCGAGAGUACGAGAGCCAGGCACCACCAGAGGUAGAGGGGGAAGAGGCAGCAGAGGAGGAGGAACCUCACGAGGUAGAGGAAGGGGUCGAGGUAGAGGAAGAGGUCAGAUUCAUCAACAGUACCACCAUAAUUCAGACCCGAAUGCUAUCCACAGUAAACUGGCAGGAACUGUGUAUGACUUUGACUUUGAUGAUGACAUCGAUAAUAGUUUGGAAAAUCUGAGAGCGAUGCGUGAGCGUAGACGUUCAACUGAUAUUCAUGAAAGGAAAUCAUCUGAUAGCUCAUUUUUGUCAAGAGAUUCUUCAUCUUCUCCUAAAUUUACUAGCCCUCAUCACAAUUCAAAACUUAAAUCAAACUAUUCAGCCGAUGUUAGGGAACUCAAGCCUCCUACUCCUGUCAGUCGCCUGACUAACCACAAUGAAGAGGAAAAUGCAUCAAGAGUGGGAAUUGAAAACUUCCCUGAUGUAGUACAACCUAUGCUGCCAGGACCUGUAGAUAUGAGAACUUACAGUUCAUACGAACAAACAAGUAGCAGCUUGUACCACGAUAACCUCAUCGGUGCUUUCUCAUCUAACACUGCUGCUGAACAUCAAGACUACAGCAUAGACGAUUUAGAACAUCUAGCUCAAUCUAACACUUCUCAGAACAAACCUCUGAUUGAAAACAAAAAGGAUGCUCAAGUACUUCCUCCGACUGACGCUCAAAAUGAAAUCACCACAAAUAUCGUAAGAGACCCAAUGAACGACUCGCGCAAUCAGCUAAAGGUAAAAAUUAAAGGACCCUUCCUAGAUGCCAACUAUGCCUCAACUGUCGUGCCAGCUGCUCAACCUGUGUUGCCCCCGACCGCUCCAGACUCCAGUAUAUCAUCUAUGCCAUCCUCCGUCAAUGCCUCCGGACCAUCCAACCUGAGACGGAUGCGCAAGAAGGAACUCCUGAGGCAGUACUGGACACAAGAGAACAUGGAUGACCCAGCAGCUGCUGUAGCUACAGGUCAAACUGCCCCACCUACGGCCGCACCACCUCUCAGUAGAACAGUGAUCACUAUUCCGAAAGCCGUAGCAUCUAUGACUAGCAUACCCACUCGUGAGGAUUACAAGUUCUACAAUGCCGGAAUAGACACCAGCAACGAUAAAAAACGCAGAAAAGAUAAACCGUCCGAUUUAGAUUUUGAUGAAGACACUGACAGGAGAAACAGCAAUCUUUCUGUCGUGCCAGAUAAUCCUCAUCCGUUCAAGAGAAGAGGCAGACAACCUAAAACAACAACUGUAACCACUCCCAAACUUAAGAUCAAGUUUGGCACUACAAACUCUGUUGAAUCCAGCGGUCCAGUGGCUCCAAGUAAUGACGAGAAAAAGAAUCUGAGAGAGAGGCCGCCAAAGAAGAGGUUGAGCAGUGUCCCGAUGCCAUCUGUGGAAGAAUUAAAGAGAGAAAGUAUGAAGUUUAGGAAAAUGGUAAUGGCCGACUUUGACGAAGAAGAGAAGCAAAAGAGCAAGGAGGUAGUCGGAAGUCGCAGGAAGAAGAAAGGAGAUAAGAGUUUCACCGAUGUUCCUAAAGUGAAAGUCAUCACAGACGGAGAAACGCCCAAGUUGAUCAUUAAGCUCCCCAAGCGCAGUGACGACAGCGGCAGCGGGAGUGUACCUUCGCAACAGACAGUGGUCCCUAGUGAUAGUCCACCUCCCCCCUCCCCCACCGCCGCCAGGACUAGUGAGUGUUCCGAGUUAGACAAAGUAAGGACGUCCAAAAUAACUCCGAUAAGGUUAAAAUUUGCCCGGUGCGAAGAAGGUUACAAGAUGAAGAAGGAGACUUUAGAACCUAGUAGUGAAGAGACACCUCCUGCAGUGCAGGCGCCGACCACGAGCACCCUCCCGCUCAGUCAAGACUGCGUGGUGAGGUGAUGCUAGUGGCAAUUUUAAGCAAUUUAAUAGGUUAUAUCAACGUUUUAUUGUUUUGUUUUAUCCGACAGUUUUAUAUACGUUGAUAACUAGAUGCGAUCUGUUAACCUUCACUAAGUGAUGGAUUUACGGUUUACUCAAAGUGAGCCUGAUGUGUACAGCCUUCGAAUAAAGUAUAUAGCUACUGAAAAGUGAUAUGGAUUUGUAAAAUUGUACUUGUUAUUAUAAUAUUUAUAAAACUGUGAAUUACUAGGUCUGUCAUGUAAAAUUCCUCUUUUGUUUAAAUGUAUAUUUGCACAUUGUAUGUAAAUAAGGUUAUGACGUUUUGACGAAAGUGCAAAGGAAAAAUAGUGUACAAAUGUCAAUUACGAUAGCUGUUUGUCUGUACUUUAUGUAAAUACUCUACGUGUCCUAUUGUUUGUCGAUUGUACAUGAAUGUGCUGUAUUAUUUGUACUAUUUUUUAGAGUAUUUUUUAAUAUAUGUUUGUAAAAAAUAUAAAUAUGUCAAAUAGAUAUAUUACAGUCUUAAGUGUAAUUUGUAAAUGAAUUGUAAGUAAAGUUUCAAUUUAAUAUUAAUAUUAUUUGUAUGUACAGAGAUUAUAUAUUAUUUUUCCUUUCACAAUUUAAUAAUCCUUAGAAAUUAAUUGUUGGACAAUGUAACUCUAUUGAUCUUUUGAUGACUUGAUAUUUUGAAAUUUGUUAUAGUUGAAGGAAAUAAAAUAGGAUUCAUUCUAUUAUUCACUAAUAUAUCCGAACAAAAGAAAAUACAGGACAUUUUGGGAUACAACUGGGGCCACCAAUUUGAAACAGUUCCUCCAGGAAAUUUUUUAAAAUACCAACCAAGAAUGAUAUUUUAUUUCAAUAGUAAUACCAACAAAUGAAAUUUACCGAUUGAGUAACUC